AUGUUCACUGUAAAGAGUGCCAAAGAGCAACUUCUCUCUCAAGGCGAAUCGUCGGCUUUGGCGAGUCCUGAUCAAUCAUUUUCAGAUUUAGAAGUUAUGGAUCAGCAUUAUUUUACUUUCUCGACACGUGCUUUAAAUAUGCCUCCGCCUUUACCAAACGAGCGUGAAAAUACAGAAUUUACUCCCACUUGGACUGUUGAGUUACCACAUACAACCACUUCAAAUUUCUUACAAAUACCAAUGAAAAUAGAAGCAGAAACGGAGACACCAACACUAGCACCGUAUUUGAAAUUCGAAAAACACGAAGUAGAACAUUUCGGCUCUUUACCUACUGAAGUUGAGGAAUUAAUGCAGUCUGCUG